CAAUGAGAUGUUUGCCUUGUACAAGUGUAUCGAUUGAUACAUUUGACUCGAUUAGCUUUUUAAAACUUGAACAAGAGAGAAAACAACUAAUUCGCAUUGCUGUACAACUAUCUAUCGGUGUUACACAAAGUCCCGACAGUAAAGAUAAAGACAAUUUUGAAAUGAUAUGUCGAUUGAAGGGUGUGUACAGAAGUAUAUUACACCCAAAUGAGUUUAUAGUAGAAGCUAAAGUUAAUAAUGGUAAUAAGUGUCAUCUAACUGGUAUAGACAACAAAUUACACGAAGUCAGUGUCUUUGGGCUUGACCUAUCAUAAACACAUCAUUAAUAAAGUAAAAAGAUUUCACUUGCUUUUCAGUUAUUUAAAUUUAGAUCACGAAUCUUAUUGUUAACUUAUUCAAAAUUAUAAAGAACUAUUGUUAUUAUAUUUAAAUUAUUAUUCCAAACCUCACUUGUAUCCAAAUUAUCAAAUUUUAUGUA